GAUUUAUUAGUAUUGUAUUCAACGGAUAUCAUCUAGUGGAGGCAAUGCCUUUGAGUUUAGGGAACUGUAAAGGGAGAAGGCACCUAUAUUUAAAUUUAGGCAUCUGCUUGCCCAUUGCCUCUUGGCUACAAACACCACUGGCCGACACUUGCAAACCCCGAUGGCUUUUCCUUCCGUCGAUAUGUGGUCACUUCUUCUUGUGCUCUUCCCAUUAUUCUUUAUCUUGAAGAGAAAAUUUCAGGAUAAGAGACAGAGCAAGCACCUUCCACCAGGCCCUCCAGGGCUUCCAAUCAUAGGCAACUUGCAUCAACUUAGGGCAUUACCUCAUCAGUCUCUAUGCCAACUCUCCAAGAAACAUGGCCCUGUGAUGUUUAUAAAACUUGGUUUUGUACCUUCAGUUGUCGUCUCCUCUGCAGAGGCAGCUAAGGAGGUCUUGAAAACCCAUGAUCUUUGCACUUGCAGUAGACCUGUCUCGGAUGGUACUAGAAUACUAUCCUACAACUAUAUUGAUGUAGGUUUCUCCCCGUAUGGAGAUUACUGGAGGAAGAUGCGAAAGAUUUGCGUUCUUGAGCUCUUCAGUGCCAAGAGAGUGCAGUCAUUUAAAUAUGUUAGAGAAGAAGAGGUUACUGCACUCGUUGACUUUGUCUCCAAAUCUGCUUCCUCUGCCACUCCUGUUGAUCUAAGUGAGAAGUUUAUGGCCUUGACUGCAAACAUAAUUUGCAGAGCAGCUUUUGGGAGGAGUUUUAAAGAGAGAGGAUUCAGGCAUGAAAGAUUCCAAGAAGUGAUCCAUGAUUGCGUAGACAGGCUUGGGACCUUCUCUGCAGCUGACUUCUUUCCUUACGUUGGCUGGAUUAUUGAUAGACUCGCAGGUCUCCAUGGAAGGCUUGAAAGAAACUUUGAAGAAUUUGAUGCUUUCUAUGAAAAGGUUAUAGAUGAUCAUAUUAAAAAGGGAAAGGAAGAGGCCGGACCUGAAGAUUUUAUUGAUGUUUUACUGCUAGAGGUUGAGAGAUCUCAAACCGAAGCUGAUGAUUUUCAAUUCACCAAGGAUCACAUUAAAGCAAUUCUCAUGAACAUAUUUAUAGGAGGAGUUGACACUGGAACAACAACUAUGAUUUGGGUCAUGACAGAGCUGGCUAGACACCCUAGAGUUAUGAGAAAAGUGCAAGAAGAAAUCAGAACUUGUAUUGGAGAGAAAGGAAAAGUCUCUGAAAGUGACAUUGAGAAGCUUCAAUACCUAAGAAUGGUAUUGAAAGAAACUUAUAGACUGCAUCCAACAGGACUAUUAAUAAGAGAAGCUAUGUCCGAAAUCAACAUCAAUGGUUAUGUGAUUCCUCCCAAAACCCUCAUCCAAAUCAACGUGUUUGCAAUUGGAAGAGAUCCUACGAUUUGGAAAAACCCAGAAGAGUUUUAUCCUGAAAGGUUUAUGGACAGUCACAUUGACUUCACUGGGCAGAAUUUCGAGUUGUUACCAUUUGGUGCUGGCAGGAGAGGUUGUCCUGGCAUGGCUAUGGGACUGGCUACGGUGGAUCUUGCACUUGCAAACCUUUUGUUUCAUUUUGAUUGGAAGUUGCCUUAUAACAUGAAGGAGGAAGAUAUUAGCAUGGAAGAGGCACCUGGUCUUGUAACUUGCAAGAAAACACCUUUACUGCUUUUACCAGUUAAAUAUCCACUCGUAUAAUAGAAAAAUACCAUGUCUGUAUGCACCUUAAUAAAAACUAUUUACCAUAAUAAUGAGCUUUAGCUCAGAAGUGUAAGAGACUGCGAGGUGUAGAAUUUGAGUAUUGUAGCCAUUUGUAUCAAAAGAAAUAAGGCUAUGUUUGGUAUAACGUAAUCAAAUUUUUAAUGUAAUUGUGAUUA